AUGAUUAUCUCAUCCAUCAGAGAGCGCUCGUCCUCCAAGCGAACCGUUUCAAAACGGAAUACCUCGAUUCUGAAUUUCUUCAAAAAAUCAGAAACCCCUUCAACAUCGUCACAGAAUCGGAUAACCAAUUACAUGAUCAGUUCACAUAGUAAAGAGAAGAAAUUUCUGUCUACAGACAAUAUACAUCGCUCUGGGAGUUUAUUCUUUACGGAAGAGGUUGAGGAGAACGUUGUGGAUCGCUCCGUCAAGCAUGCUCCAGAUGAGGUCCAAGCGGGGACAGAAUCACUGUCCGAUGAAUUUUGGGACGCAGCGGAAAGUUUUGACAAAGAGGAUAGAUACAAUGCCAAGUACAAUGUUGGUGAAAAAAGACAAAGGGUGAAUAACGCGUGUCACAUUGGAACGUCCGCCCUUGGAAACGACGCAGGGAGGAUUCCUAAAAGGCCGAGAGGAACGAAGGGCUUACCAUCAUCUGUGGGAACAGCACCCAGACCUACUCGUGUCGGCCCAUUCUUGGAUGAACCAGACAGUGAACACGAAUCCAAUCGUGGAUACGACAAGGGCGUUUACAAUCCAGAGACGCUUAGCGAAUUCGAUUAUAAUUCACCAACGGAUUCAUCAAAUGAAUCUCAUGUGAAUUUCACGGAAAACCCCGAUGCUCUGGCUACCUCAACCGCUUAUUCGUCCAGUGGUAAACAUAGCGGCCAUAGCGGAUGCCGAGAAGGGGGGAGUCUUCAAGAUCAAAACUUGGAAAAGUAUGGUGAACAGCGGCUCGGGCUGGGCACCUCCUUGUCAAUAGAAGAAAUCGAUUCAGAAUCCUCUGCACAUAUUCAUGAUAACAGUAUCACGGUGUGCCCGGUCUGCAAUGAAGCUCUUGUUUGUAUCGCUCACGACGAUCUGCUACUUCAUGUGAAUAACUGUCUAGAUGGGAACCCAAGCCCAAUGCCUUCUAAAAUUCCAACCCCACCCGUCCAAUCGAAUUUUGGUAUCUCCAUUAACAGGCAGGAAAAAGCCGUUAUCCCCCGCCCCGGGCAGAUAAAUCCUCUCGCGAUGGAAUUGAAAGGCGAAAAAAUUUCCGCCUUCUCAAAAAUGAUGUCUAGUAACGCCGAAGAUGCUGCAUGGGAAGCGGCAACGGCAAAAGAGGAAGCAUCGAGAGGUAAACAAGCCCAUGAACGUACAUGCCCGUUUUAUAAAAUCAUCCCUGGGUUUUCUACCUGCGUCGAUGCUUUUAGAUACGGCGCUAUCGAGGGAUGCACUGCGUAUUUCCUGAGUCAUUUUCACAGCGACCAUUAUAUCGGCCUUACGCCUUCCUGGUGUCAUGGGCAAAUCUAUUGCAGCACAGUCACAGGGAAUUUGGUACGGCAGCAGCUCAAAGUAGACCCAAAAUGGGUUACUGACAUAGAAUUCGACAAGCCAUUUGAAAUCCCGCGGACAAGUGGUGCCCGGGUCACUAUGUUGCCCGCGAACCACUGUCCAGGAAGCUCCAUAUUUUUAUUCGAAAAGCGAGUUAACAAGAGCCAUGAACCGAAGGUCCGUCGCAUACUCCAUUGCGGCGACUUCCGAGCAUCUCCGACCCAUGUUCAACAUCCCAUACUCCGCCCUGAUAUUACCGAUUCGUUGACUGGGAAAGUCAGGCAACAAAUUAUCGAUGUCUGCUACCUUGAUACAACCUAUCUUAAUCCCAAAUAUGCGUUCCCUAGCCAGGACGACGUUGUUGCGGCAUGUGCAGCUGUUUGUGCUGAUUUAAAUGUAACUGAACAUGGCCAUUCCACAGAUUCAGAAUGCCGUUUGAGCCAUUUGAAAACUUCCGGACAAAGCGACAUGGACGUCUGUUUAAAGGCCCCACAAGCGCCAACUUUGCUACCAUAUGCACAAUCGGAGUCUAGGAAUCGGCUACUUGUUGUCAUUGGAACUUACAGCAUUGGCAAGGAGCGAUUAUGUAUGGCAAUUGCACAUGCGUUGAAUUGUAAAAUAUAUGCCCCAGCGGCGAAACAACGGAUCCUUGCAUGUUUGGAAAAUAGUGAACUUUCUGCACUGAUCACAAACAAUCCUGUAGAAGCUCAAGUUCAUAUGGUAACCAUGAUGGACGUACAUACUGGAACGCUCCUUGAUUACCUUCAUUCUCUCAAACCUCACUUUUCUCGAGUUGUUGGAUUCCGUCCCACUGGCUGGAGCUAUCGACCACCAGCAGGAAGGAUGACCGAUAGUCCCACAGUGUCUUCGGUCUUAUACUCCGAUUCCUGGAAACCUCGCUUUGCCACUAAGGACCUCAUCCCUCAACGUGGAAGCAAUCAAAUAAGCUCGUGCUACUCAGUUCCCUAUAGCGAACAUAGUUCGUUUAGGGAAUUAACAAUGUUCUGCUGCGCGCUGCGGAUAACCAAAGUGAUCCCCACAGUUAAUGUUGGCAGUAAAAGAAGCCGAGAGAAAAUGAAGUUAUGGGUAGAAAGGUGGGAGGCCGAGAAGAGGAAGAACGGGUUAUUUGAGGUGGAUAAUGAAGCAAUUUGCUGGUAA